GCAGAGCUUAAGGAAUAGCUAAAAAAAGUGUUUUUGUCUGAAGAAGUACCAUUACCUUAAAACGUCUUCCACUUUUUCAAAAGUCCAUUUCCAUCUUCAAACAUCGGUCCGAAUUCCUGAAGUUUAUGAAUGGCUGCCACAGCAUUGAGCAGUGGGAUCUUAUAUAUGGGAGAGAGAAGAAUGAUGGAGAUAUUUCCAGAUAGUUGGAUGAAGCUCUGGAAUGAAUGGGAAAUGAGAACACUGGUUCUAGUGAGCCUUAGUAUGCAAAUAAUGCUGAUCAGCUUGGGAAAGCAGCGGAAGCAUGACCCAAGGAAAAGAAUCCGAUAUACACUUUGGCUAGCAUACUUGUCUGCAGACUCAGUUGCAAAUCUGUCACUUGGCAUUCUGUCAAAUGAUCAAGGCGAGACAACAUCCGACUCAGGACGAGUACUUAAGGCAUUGUGGGCACCUAUUCUUUUGUUGCACCUUGGUGGUCCUGACACUAUUACUGCUUAUUCCAUGGAAGAUAAUGCACUUUGGCUGCGCCAUUUUUUGGGCCUUGUAGUCCAAACAGGUGUUGCAGCUUAUGUAUUUGUCAAAUCUUUAAAACCCACUGAGCUAAAUUAUGUAGCAAUUCCGUUGUUUGUGAGUGGGAUUAUCAAAUAUGGGGAAAGGACAUGGGCCUUAAGAUCUGCAAGCACCGUGCAUUUUAGAAAUGCCCUCCUUCCUAGGCCAGAUCCUGGUCCUAAUUAUGCUAAGUUUAUGGAAGAAUACCAUUUGAGAGAAACUGAAGGGUACAAACCCAAAUGGAAUAAACUUAAAGACCCUAAAGUAGUAGUGCCUAGCUUAGAUUUGAUCAUCAAUGGAGCCAGGGGUACACAGGCUGCUAAUGAUCGUAAUUUGCGUUUCUGAAGCAGCGGUAAUUGUGAAAACAGCAUAUGCCUAUGUCAAGACCUACAAACGCCUUUUUGCAGACCUCAUCCUGAGCUUCCAAGAAGUUGAGAAAAGCAAGUCAUUUUUCCUUCACAAUGGGUGGAAGAAAGCAUUUGAUGUUAUUCAAGUUGAGCUUGCCUUCGUGUUUGAUUCCCUCUAUACAAAGUUCUCCUUGCUCUCCACUCGUUUCGGUAGGCUACUUCGGGCUAUCACUUUGUUCUCCACAUGUUUGACCUUGGCAACCUUCUAUAUGUCUAAAAAAACUGGUUCCCACCAAAUUGAUGUCAUUAUUACUUACCUUUUGUUGCUCGGAGCCUCAACCCUUGAGAUCCUUUCAACUCUUGUGUGGCUGUCCUCAGAUUGGGCAGUUAUUUGGUUGGAUGGUAAUCAAGGGAAGCCACUGAAAAAGCUUUUGUAUGAAUUCAUAUCAUGCUUCAAAUUCACAACCAGCAACAAGAAAUGGUCUAACCUCAUGGUACAGUACAGUCUCAUAGCUCACUGCUUUAAACAAAAGCCACCCAAAUCCUUGUACUCACUCCCCAGCUAUAUGUAUCACAAACUUAAAGUAAAGACUCGAGCACCCUGCGCAUCAAGAAUUCCAGAUUAUCUUAAACGAUACAUAUUUGAACUGCUUCUAGAGGAGGCCUCAGAUUCAAGACAAGGCAGGAGAUUUUGCUCAUACAGAGGUGCGUGGACACUGGAACAAUAUCAGUUUCAAGACAUUUGCUGGAGCAUUGAAAAAGAAUUAGAUCACAGUAUUCUCUUGUGGCAUAUCGCAACUGAGUUAUGUUAUUAUACAGAACAGGAAGCUUACAUUCCUCCCUCUGUUGAAUGUGAAGUCAGUAGGCUAUUGUCGAAUUACAUGUUGUACCUACUAGUGAAGCGUCCACUCAUGUUACCGAAUGGAAUUGGCCAGAUACGAUACCAGGAUACGUGUGCUGAAGCCAGAGAUUUUAUUGAAGAAAGAUCCAUAAAAGAUGAUAAAACAGCUUGCCGGAGGUUGCUCAAUAUAAAAACCAAGAUCAGGCCUAGCGAUAUCAAAGGAGAUCGGAGCAAAUCUGUGUUAUUUGAUGCUUGUCGACUGGCCAAACUGUUGAAUAAUAAUAAAGAAUGGAAAUGGCAAGUUAUAGCUGGAGUAUGGGUGGAGAUGCUAGCAUAUGCUGCAAAUCAGUGCAGAUCAAAUUACCAUGCCCAGCAACUUUCUCAAGGCGGCGAGCUGCUAACUCACAUAUGGCUUCUAUUAGCACACCUUGGAUUAAGUGAACACAUUCAAAUAUCAGAAGGCCACUUUCGAGUUGUAUUAGAUGUGAACUAAAUGAAUUUCAUCUAUCUUAAUAGGCAAAAAGCAAGAAGAAUUUCAUCUGCGUGUCAGACUUAUUAUGCAAUACUUCAUUUGUUUCAUCCUCAUCAGUCCAGAAAGCAUAAUGCAA